AACUUCUGAAUCAUUUGACAGGACUAGAAGCAGCACAUAUGGCAGAGUGGAACGCCUUCUACCGGAAUGAGGAUGAUGAGGAAGAGCAAGAGGAUGGAGAGCAAUCUGGAGGAGAAUAUAAGAUCACAGGGAGAGACAGUUUGGUCUUCUUGGUGGAUGCCUCCAAGGAAAUGUUCAUCAAAGGAGAAGAUGGACAGCCCUCCAACUUUGACAUGACCAUGCAGGUUGUGCGCAGUGUGUACAGCAGUAAGAUCAUCAGCAGUCACAGGGACCUGGUGGCUUUGGUUUUCUACGGCACAGAGCAGAGCAAAAAUCCUCGAAACUCCUUCAAGCAUGUUUACGUUUACCAUGAUCUUGAUGAACCUGGUGCAAAGCGAGUGCAGGAAGUAGACGCUCUGUGGGGGCAGAAAGGUGCCCAGCUGGCAGCAGAGACCAUGGGCAGCGGGGAGACGUCAUUAGGCGACGCCCUGUGGUGCUGCGCCAACCUCUACAGUGACAUCAAGCUUCGCCUCUCACACAAGCGGCUCAUGAUCUUCACCUGCAGGGAUGAACCACACGGGGGCGACAGCGUGAAGGACCGACAGGCUCGCACCAAGUCCGGCGACCUCAAAGAGACCGGUGUCAUCAUUGAUUUAAUGCAUCUGAUGAAACCUGGCGGCUUCGAUGUUGCGUCCUUCUUUCGUGACAUCAUAAGUCCACCUGAGGAUGAAAGCGAGUUGGGUCUGCAGCUGGAGGCAUGUAACAAACUGGAGGACCUCAAGAAGAGGGUGCGGGCCAAAGAGCAGAAGAAGAGAGCCAUGGCCAGGUUAAACCUGUGUCUUGGUGAGGGAAUAAACGUAGCUGUGGGAAUGUAUGCAACUGCUGUGUCGGCUCGGAAACCACCUCCCGUCAGACUUUACAGGGAAACCAAUGAGCCGGUCCGCAGCAAAACCCGAACCUUCCACACCCAGACUGGCAGCCUGCUGCUGCCCAGUGAGAUAAAGAAAUCACAGGUGUACGGUAAGAAGCAGAUCGUGAUGGAGAGGGACGAGGUGGACACCAUAAAGAAGUUUGAUGAUCCCGGAUUGUUUCUGAUCGGGUUCAAGCCGAUGGAGAAGAUCAAACGCCACCACCACAUAAAACCUUCUGUCUUCCUCUACCCCGAGGAGGAAGAAGUGAAAGGCAGCGCGUGUCUGUUCUCCGCCUUGUUGACAAAGUGCGUUGAGAAGAACGUGUUCGCUUUGUGCCGCAUCAUCUCUCGCCGGAAUUUCCCGCCACGAUUUGUCGCCCUGGUACCACAGAACGAGGAAAUCGACGAAGGGAAAGUUCAGAUAACACCGCCAGGUUUCAACGCCAUCUAUCUGCCAUAUGCUGACGACAUUCGGGCUCUGGAUGUUCCUCAGAACCCGUCAGCCUCACAGAUCCAGGUGGACAAGAUGAAGGAGAUCGUCUCCAAGCUCCGCUUCAAAUACAGGAGCGAUGCUUUUGAGAACCCGGUCCUCCAGCAGCACUACAGGAACUUGGAGGCCUUGGCUCUGGACAUGUCGGCUCCAGAGGACAUAGAGGACCUCAUCAUGCCAAAGGUGGAGCAGAUUGACCAACGUCUGGGUCCUUUGGUUGACGACUUUAAAGACCUGGUCUACCCUGCCAACUACAACCCCGAGAACAAACCAGCUGCCAAACGCAAAACAGCUGAUCCCGGAGGCGGAGCUGAAAAGAAACCCAAAGUGGAAAUACCAGAAGAAGAGCUGCGGGCGCACGUGCAGAACGGCACCCUGGCGAAGCUGACCGUGCCCGUGUUAAAGGACGCCUGUAAGCAGUUUGGGGUUCGGACCACCGGGACCAAGAAGCAGGAGCUGAUUGACGCUCUGAUCGCCCAGCUGGGCUCAUGAGGGGUUACUAUAGCAACGACUCUCAGUGCCUUCAUGAGCUGCAAGACUUGUUCAGAUCUGUCGUAGCGCUUCAGGUGUACAAUAUCUUCUGCCACAUUAGACACAACAAGUUCUGGUAACUUUGUGAUCCAUUUUGAAAGCAGGUAAAAGGUUUUUAAAUUGGCUCUACCCUGCCCUACAAAGCCUAACUGCAGUAACUACAUUUUUGGUCAAAAUUGAGUUAUAACUAAAUAUGAACUCCUUGAUGAAAGUUUUAGAUUUCAAUUUUGGUUAAUUUCAGAUAAAUAAUUAUAUAAAAACCACAAAAAGCAGUAAUUGCACUCACCACAGUGUGCUUUGGAUAUAUAUACUAAUUUAAACAUAAAAAUAAUAGAAAUGAUAAGUAUAUUUGAAAGGGAAAUUAUUAUCUAGAUAGUGAUGAAGUAAAAAAGUGAGAUAAAAUGAUAUUAAGACUAAAAUAUGACAUUACUUUAUACUAUUAAGUCUUAAAUACACACAUCUUUGAAUAGAGUUGUUACACACUUUUAAACACACUGAUAACAAAAUUAAUUUUAAAAUGUUGAUUCACUGAAAACAAAAUAUAAAAGCUGAAAGAAGAUAACAUUCUAGUUACUGCACUCUGUUUUUACAUCACUAUUAGAACCUUAUACAGCAAUGCA